UUAAAAGUUAGUUUUUGUCAAAAUUGUAAUUGUACUAUUUCCUCGGUAGAACUAGAGGAUGAAACUAUUUUAUUAAGCUAUUCUGCAAAUGUUGAAUUCCAAUAAAAGGUAUAAGACGUCUUGUUUGGUUUAAAAAAAAAAAAAUGUAUGUACGCUUCCGCACGCUUUUGGAAAAGCAAUGUGUUUUUGUGAAAACAGUGUUCAUCCUACCUUAAUUGGGGCGUGACACUUGAUGGUAUCAGAGCGGUUAUUUUUACAAGUCCUCAAUAAUUUUCGAAAAUAUUUCUGGGGUGUUGGGGAGUGAAUUCGUUAUAUGUCUGUGAUGUGACUUGUUGUGAUUGGGUAUGUUCAUUGAUGAAACCUCUUUUAGAUAGACUUGUGUGAAUUUGUGGGUGCAUUUUGGUUGAUGGUUGGUAUAGUUUCUUUUGAAGAAACUUGUGUGAACUGGUGUUUCCUACACCAGUAUCGGGACAAAUCUCGACCAGUUCAGUCUGUGUUGGAUGCCCGAUUGUUGUUGCUGGACGCAAGUUCAAGGUGAACUUGAUCUCUUUACCCCUUCAAGGUCUAGAUGUCAUUCUGGGAAUGGAUUGGUUGACUGCCAACCAUAUUCUUCUUGAUUGUGGCCGAAAGCAAUUGGUGUUUCCAGACUUAGUUAGUCUAGAGCUGAUCUCAACCAAGGAAGUUCAGAAGGAUUUCAGCAAUGGAGCUAUGUGUUUUGUAUUGAUGGCUCAAGAGAAGAAGCAAAAUUGUGAAGAACAAGUGAUGAGUAUUCCAGUGGUUGAAGAAUUUGCAGAUGUUUUUCCAGAUGAAGUGCCAGGGUUACCGCCGAACAGAGAAGUGGAGUUCGCUAUAGACUUGGUGCCAGGAGCUGGACCAGUGUCUGUGGCUCCGUAUAGAAUGGCCCCAGCAGAAUUAGCAGAGUUGAAGAAGCAGAUUGAAGAAUUGUUAGAAAAGAAGUUCAGUUUUUGGGUCACGUAGUUUCUACUCAAGGGAUUUCUGUAGAUCCAACAAAAGUAGAAGCAGUACUGAAGUGGGAACGGCCGAAGACGGUAUCAGAAGUGAGAAGUUUUGUCGGUCUAGCUGGUUAUUACAGGAAGUUUAUCGAAGAUUUUUCAAAGAUAGUGGGUCCUUUGACGCAGUUAACCCGAAAGGAUCAACCUUUCUCUUGGACUAACAAGUGUGAAGCAAGCUUUGAGGAGAUGAAGAGGAGGUUGACAAGUGCUCCAGUGUUAGCAAUACCGGAUACGUCGAAGCCUUUAGAAGUGUUUUGUGACGCUUCAUAUCAGGGACUCGGUUGUGUGUUAAUGCAAGAGAAAAGACCGGCAGCUUAUGCUUCACGACAAUUAAAGUCGCAUGAGAGGAACUACCCGACGCAUGACAUCGAGUUAGCCGCUGUUGUGUUCGCUCUGAAGACUUGGAGACACUAUUUAUAUGGAUCACGUUUUCAGGUUUUCAGUGAUCACAAAAGCCUGAAAUAUCUUUUCGACCAGAAAGAAUUGAACAUGAGACAAAGGAGAUGGAUGAAGUACUUGAAGGACUUCGAUUUUGAGUUGCAGUACCACCCUGGAAAGGCAAAUGUGGUAGCAGAUGCUCUGAGUAGGAAGCGAGUUCAGAUGUCAGCCCUGAUGGUGAAAGAACUAGAGUUGAUCGAGAAGUUCAGAGAUUUGAACUUAGGUCUGCGGCUGAGUCAAGGCCACCUUUGGUGUAGCCAUUUGAAGAUUCCAAAUGAUUUCUUGGAAGAGAUGAGAGCAGGACAGAAGGAGGACGCAAAUUUGCAGCAGACAACCGAGAAAGUGAAGCUGAUACAAGACAGGAUGCGUGCAACGCAGAGUAGACAAAAGUCAUACAAGAGAAGGAGACCUCUUGAAGUUGAGGUGGGGGACCAUGUCUUUUUGCGAGUUUCUCAGAUGACGGGCGUAGGGAGAGUCAUCAGGUCAAAGAAGUUAUCUCCGAAGUUUCUUGGACCAUUUCAGAUCACCAGGAGGAUUGAACCAGUAGCAUAUGAAAUCACACUACCUCCUCAGUUGGCAAACUUACACAAUGUAUUUCAUGUCUCCCAGUUGAGGAAGUAUGUAGCGAAUCCAGAUCAUGUGCUCGAGGUGGAUGAUGUUCAAGUUAGGGAAGACUUAUCGUUGAACGCAAAACCGGUACGGAUCUUGGAUGUUCAGUCAAAGCAACUGAGAGGGAAGGAUAUUCGUACAGUGAAAGUAUUGUGGAAUGAUAAGACUAAUGAAAUGACUUGGGAAUUAGAAGAUGAAAUGAAGAACUUUUACCUCACUUGUUUGGUUGAAAAAUGACAAUUUUCGAGGACGAAAAUUUUUAAAGGAGGGGAGGAUGUAAGACCCGAGUAAAUUCAAGAAUUACCAAGUAGUGUCAAAAUUCAAGUUAUAUUGUAAAAUACAAUGCUGUCAGACUCAAAGAGCUUCAAUUUGAGUACUCAUACAUAAUUUUUGGAGUUCGGGAAGGGUUCCAACCGGAUAGGAUAAGUCAUGAAAACGUUACUGUCAGAAGGACUAGCGCCCAAGGGUAACUUACUCUUUCUUUUCAAGACAAAACGUUGGAACCACAUGGGAAUUGCGUGGAAAGGUAGGGAAUCUGAUCCAGAUCCAACAUUUUGGUCCCUUGAGCAUGGGAGGAGCAUGGGAAGACCUACUUUACAAAAUUAAAUGGUUGUUUGUGAUGGGGAGGGGUCCUUGGUUGUCUAGGCUCAUUUCUUUUAGCCUAAAAUCUGGUCUGGAGUUUUUGGNCAGAGGAAAGAGGCUCUUGGAGAGGAGAGCACGAAAAUUCUAAGUGUCCAAAGGAUGGGAGAUGACUUGGUCUAGCAAGGGGGAGAAGAGUUGCUCUCUUGGAAGAAGA